CCGAGCUUGUGGCGUCAAAGCUCCAGCCGUGUCCAUGGAGAGCGGCUGAGCGAUCACGCUCCGGCCCGAGGCUGCGGGCGCCGCGACGUGGACAUGUCGGCGUCGUUGGUCCGCGCCACAGUGCGGGCCGUGAGCAAGAGGAAGCUGCAGGCCACGCGGGCGGCGCUGACGCUGACCCCCUCAGCUGUGAACAAGAUAAAACAGCUUCUUAAAGACAAGCCAGAGCAUGUGGGUCUGAAAGUUGGUGUGCGAACCAGGGGCUGUAAUGGCCUCUCUUACACCCUAGAGUAUACAAAGACAAAAGGAGAUUCUGAUGAAGAAGUUAUUCAAGAUGGAGUCAGAGUGUUCAUCGAAAAGAAAGCACAGUUAACACUUUUAGGAACAGAAAUGGACUAUGUGGAAGACAAACUGUCCAGUGAGUUUGUUUUCAAUAACCCCAACAUCAAAGGGACUUGUGGCUGUGGUGAAAGCUUUAACAUUUGAAACCUCAGGACUCCAAGCUCCGGGAGAGCCGGGAUCUACCUGGGAGCUCACUGAAGAGAUCAUGUGAUUGUCAUGUGCUCAGAGUUUAUAAUGUGUGGCCACCUCAUGUGGAAAAAUAAAGUGAUGCAUUUUGGAAAUCAAGCCAGUGUGCUAAGAGUCCCGAAAACUUGGUAUCUGUAUUGUCUGUAAAGCACAGAAACUGAGAAGCCAUUGGUUUCUUUGAGUCGUCUGUUCUGUACAGAAAACUCUUACCCUGCUCUUAACACUGUAGCAUUUGUGCUAGAACCAGCUUCGUGGCCAUUGCUUUGCUGGGAGCUAAGGAAACAGAUAACAGGUGUGCCCCCAUAGAUCCUACUGAAUGGCUUGAAACUACGCCUGCUGGGUCCUUUCCCAACCUUUUGCCAACUCCUAAUCUCAGAGUCAGGACAACUAUGGGUAACAGCACGGUGGUACCCCACUUCCCUCUCACGUUUGCCAUGGCCUUUUGCAUUUUAUUAGAAAUGUGAUGAUCGAAUGCUUCAUUUGCCCACUCAACAGUUCCAGACUUCUGAGUGAUGGUGUCAGAAGGUGGGAGCGGCCAGACCUGGUCUCAGUCCAUCCCCUAGGGCAUGCUUCAAGAUGGUUGGCUUAGACCUUUCCACUGAAAGCUCUUGUGACAAGCAGCCAGCUAGUAGCUCACAGCACCUGUGUGUAUGAAGACUAGGUCUGAGUACAGGUUAGAAGAGCUGGGACCAGACCCAGCUCUCCCUUCCUCACAGGUGACACCAGUGCUGUAUGAGACACUCAGUGGAGGUGAGUGCUGGCCUGGCUUCAUGCCUGGGCAGCAUUUUUAUAAGACUCUCUUAAUUUAUGGAGAUUGCAUUGGUUUUCUUUUGAAUGGAAAAGUCUUAGUUAAACCCUUUUGUAUGAAUUGCUACCUUGUUUGUUUAGAACUUUGAAACAAUAGUUUCUUACAGAGAUCCUGCAACAGUGGAAUUACUCUUGGAGCACAGGACCUAUGGAGCAGAACAUGGAGGUGUCUUCUUAGAGUUCCCAAUAUGCAUAUACUUGCUGGUUCCUAAAUGAAAUUGCUGACUUUUUAGUAUUUUUAUCACCAGUUUUUUGAGUCGUGAUUUCACGACCUUCCUGCUUCAGCUUUCUGAGACAUGUGCUACCACACCUGGAUCCCAAGUUCUUCUUCGAAGUGAUCUUGACUUGACUUGUGUUUGACAUCUUAAGUAACCUGUGAGUUCUUUUGUGGGAGGCUGAUUUUCAUGAAGUAGCUGAGUUUAAUAUCUGUGCUGUAUACUAAAGUACCUAACACCAAAAUGCACUGACUUGUAGUUUUAUGAUUGUUGAUGAGUUUGUAUCAUAAAUAGAAUUAUUGAUACAUCUUUAAUUUGUGCAAUAUUGUAUGUAGAGAUUGAGUAUCAAUUAAAAAACAGAACUCCUUGUGGUCCUAA